GCAUAUUUUAUGACUUCACUGAAGGUGUCUCUUAUCUUUUAUAUGUUUAUAAAAUAACAGAGGUCGAAGUGAUUUCUGUGUGUUGUGUAAGAUCAUAAAACCCUAUAUGUUGAUUAAAAACAGAUUAAUAGUAUAUGUUCACUGUUCUCAUGUUGCCUUUUAUUGGCAAGACCUGAAUUAAAACAUCUUAAUUUUAGUCAGAAAGACUUCAGACUUUAGACUGCAACCAUACAACAGCAAUAAAAAUAUAUGCAUUAAAUACGCAAGAGACACAAAAUGGCCACAGAGAGACACAAAGGGUGACAAAGAAACUCAAAACAACUACGAAGAGAUGCAAAAGGGCCACAAAGAACCUAAAAAUGACCACUAUAAGAUCCGACGACAAAGAGCUUUGUGACUCUUUCAGUCUGGGGGUCCUGAAUAGCAGUGGUGGGGAGCCUAUUACCUGUCUGUGCCCAGGGUCCCAUUUUCUCAUCAUCCGUCCGUGGGCUACUUGUGCCUUUCAGCUCAGCUGGCACAUGCACAUCUCCUGACCUUUGGUUAAACCUGUCAGAGCUGCGCCCCUUCAGAUGAUAAACCCCUCUAUUGUUUGGCUCUAUCUCUCUCCUCAUCUGUCUAUCCCUCCCCCCUCUCUGUACCUUUACAGUUACCUUCCUCUCUUUCCCAAUAGCUUCAUCUGCCUCUCUGUCAAGGAUUGUGAUCUCUUUGGUGUUGAGUUAAUGUUUGAUAUGCUACCAGAGAUAUAAAGACUAAAUUGGAGUUCAUAUCAGCCUCAUUACCUCAGUGGUUCCCUGUGGAGCACAUCUCUUCUUUUCUUCACUCGUGCUUCACCGUUAACCCACCUGACCUUGGUGUGCAGCUUAAUUUUUUCCUUCCUGCUCCUCUGUCUUGUUUAAAUAGCUGGUGUUUGUCUUGAUCAGCUGUCUGCUCUGAGUUACCAGGGAGACUUCUGGGUAGUUUUAUUGCCGCCGGGUUGCUUGUCAGUUUUGCCAGGAGAAUCAUGGGUAGUUGGUUGAAGUGGCUGUGGUACCACAGAAACUACAUCAUCAUCCCCGUCACUCCGCUGGUGCUCCUUCCCCUGCCCCUCUGCAGUCCUACAUCGCAAGCGAGAUGUGGUUAUGCUAUCAUCCUCAUGGCUCUGUACUGGUGUACAGAGUGCAUGCCUCUGGCUGUGACUGCCCUACUGCCAGUCGUCCUCUUUCCUAUGAUGGGCAUCAUGACGGCUGGAGCGGUCAGUAUUGAAUAUCUGAAAGACUCUAACAUGCUGUUCAUCGGUGGCCUAUUGGUGGCAAUCGCAGUGGAGCAGUGGAAACUCCAUAAGCGCAUCGCUCUCCGAGUUUUGCUGCUGGUUGGUGUUCGUCCAUCCCUGUUAAUGAUGGGCUUCAUGAUCGUCUCGUCCUUCCUGUCCAUGUGGAUCAGCAACACGGCCACCACAGCCAUGAUGCUGCCCAUCGCCCACGCCGUGCUUCAGCAACUGAAAGCUACCGAGGUCCAGGCGGAUGAACGAGAUUUCCAGGCUGCAGCCGAGGACAACCAUGCAUUUGAGCUUGAGAUCAGACAAACUAAACAUGAGAUGGCCAACGAGAAACAUCCAGACAGCAAGGCUCCGCAGGAGGACAGAGUGGAUGACCCCGAGCGGAGUCCACAGUCACUGCAGGAGUCCAGGAGACAGGCGAUGGAUGCAAAGUACAACCUCCUGACCAAAGGGAUGAGUCUGAGCGUGUGUUACUCUGCAAGCAUUGGAGGCACGGCCACGCUCACCGGCACGACCCCAAACCUCAUCCUCAAGGGUCAAAUUGACAAGAUCUUCCCUGGAAACGGUGACGUGAUCAACUUUGCCAGCUGGUUUGGCUUUGCUUUCCCCAACAUGGUGAUCAUGCUGGUGCUUUCCUGGCUGUGGCUGCAGUUUAUUUUCCUGGGCUUCAACCUGAAGCAGUCUUUUGGCUGUGGCACAAAGAACGACAGAGAUAAGGAGGCGUAUGCAGUGAUGAGGGCAGAGUACAAUAAGCUGGGGCGCAUGAAGUUUGCUGAGUGGGCAGUCCUCACCAUCUUCACCCUGCUGGUGGUCCUGUGGUUCACCAGGGAGCCGGGUUUCAUCGAUGGCUGGGCAACAGUGCUUUUCAAUAAGGAGGGAGACUUUGUGUCGGACGGAACCGUCGCCAUCUUAAUGUCGAUGCUCUUCUUCGUCAUCCCCUCCGAGAUGCCCAGGACUGGGGGCUAUGGUUACAAUGAAGCAGGUAAGAUGGUGAACUCUCCCCCCACUCUGCUGAACUGGCAGGUGGUCCACGAGCGAAUGCCCUGGAACAUCAUCCUGCUGCUGGGAGGAGGCUUUGCUCUGGCUGCUGGCAGUGAGGAGUCAGGUCUGUCCACGUGGUUGGGAGAAAGUUUGACACCUCUGCAGAAAAUUCCCCCCUUUGCCAUCUCGUUGCUGCUCUGCUUGCUGGUGGCGACAUUCACAGAGUGCUCCAGCAACACAGCCACUACCACCCUGUUCCUGCCCAUACUGGCCUCAAUGGCCACAGCAAUCAAGAUACACCCGCUGUAUGUGAUGCUGCCCUGUACCAUUGCUGCCUCUCUGGCCUUCAUGCUGCCUGUGGCCACACCACCCAACGCAAUCGCCUUCUCCUUUGGAAACCUCAGAGUCAUGGACAUGGUGAAAACUGGCUUCAUGCUGAACCUCAUUGGGAUUUUGUCCAUUAAUUUAGGCAUCAAUACCUGGGGGUAUGCCAUGUUUGACAUGGGCACCUUCCCUCAGUGGGCCAACAUUACACAUACCAAACCUUGAGUAAGGAGGGACAAAGAAAGAGAGAGAUGGAGAAAGAGCAUGACACAGAAUUUGUUUUUAAAGCGCCUGAAAACCUGUCUAAGUGAAAAUAUUUAUACGUUAAUAAGAAACAAUCAAAGUAAAUGAAAAAACAAAUUUAGGUUUAGGCUUUUUUUGUCAAUUGUUAAUUGUCAAAACUCCUAAACCUAAUGUAAACCUUUCUAAUUUUGGCAUAAAAUAGUGCAUUCUUGUAGGAUCCUUGGUUCAUAAAAAGAAGCUGAUGAGAAAAAAAAGUUUUCAAGCCCUUAAAGGGAAAGGAGAGAAAGCCACUUUUAUUUUCAAGAGCUAUAGCUAAGUCCUCGAUUAUUCUAUAAUGAGAAGAGGUAGAAGGGAAUUGGCUACGGUAAAUUAGUAAAGAAAAUAAAGUUUAAAGAUGAACCUGAUUAAAAACAAAACACUUCAUUUGUUUAGACCUAAUUGCACUCAGCAGUGAUGUACUGCUACAUCAUUGUGCACAACUUCAUAAAAACAAUUACAACCAGACUGAGAUCAUUUCCUCGUUUCAUUCCAGUGACUUAACAAAACUGGAAUGGUGUUUUUUUUUCCCCCUAAAAAAAAAAAGACUGAGGUCAUUUCCUUGUACACUUUUCCCUGAAUGCGGUCAUCUCAUUAAGCUAUUUAUCAUUUACAAAAUCACGCACAAGUGCGGUACACUGUUCGUUUGAGUGAUGGUUUAAAAUAAUGAGAUUUCUCUGAGUUAUGUGUUUACAGACACCGUGUAAAUGAGCUGAAAUUUAAUUAAUUGUAUCAGUUAAUUUAACUUAUUACCGUGGUCCUUUUGUUGGACCUGAAGUCUUUGGUUUUUGUUGCAUAUUUUAUUUUUUGUCAGUGUUUUUGUCACACUGUUUUUACCGUGAGCAAGUACCAACUCUAUACCCAUAAGCCACAACAUUAACUGGUUUUAAUGUUGUGGUUGAUGGGUGUAGAGUGCUUGUUAUUUGUUAACACUAAAGUGGCAGACUUUAGGUGAUUAUUUGCAUACCUAGAGGGGAACUUUUUUCUUUAUAUUAAACAGGAUAUACACUCAUGAGGCAGAUAUAGAUUAAAGCUAUUAAAGGAAUAGUUCAGCAUUUUGGAAAUCGCUCUUAUUCUCAUUCUUGUCAAGUGUUGUAGAAGAGAAUAUUGAUACCAAUCUCAUGUCUCCAUGCUAAAUAUUAAACUACCCCAUCAGAAUAUUAGCUUAGCUUAGCUCUAACUCGAGGCAAGAAAAGAAAGGAGCGUAAUUCCAAAAAUGUCAAACUAUUUCUUUAACAAACCUGCUCCAGUAACUACUGGGACAUGUGCACAAACUUGAGGUGACCUUGAAAAAAUGUCUUUAAGCACUGAGGAAGGUAAAGCACAGAAGGCGUUCAAAUCAAUAGCAGGAAGGUGUUACUAACAUUGUGUACAGUGAGCACAGAUGAAAAGGUUGGUUGAAGGAUAACUUUGAGAUAAGAGGCUGCCAACAGGAUACAAAUUGUAGUAGAGGUCAGUUGCUAUCAUGUUUAUUACAGGUGAAUGUAAUAAACUGUAGAUGCAGAGUGAGAGAAAGAACGUCCCAGCAGAGUACAGUUUUUUCCACCUCACAUUUUUCUGUACCGGAGUGAAUACGUUUGUAUUCUGAAAAUAAAGCAU